AUGAUAAUUAGAUUCAGGACCAGAGAUGGUAUGCAACGUAUCUCCUGCGAGAGUACUGAAGCAUUCGAUACAGUAUUGAAGAAAUUGCUACCGAAACUGAGCGGUAAUAUAGACUUGAGUUCUUUACUUGUGGGAAGCAAGGAGGGACAAGCAAAUGAGCCUGUUGGCGAGCUGUUGAAUCGCUCUGUAGCAGAUCUGGGUCUUUCACAUGGUGACAUAGUCUUUCUAGACUACAAAGAACUGGAAACAGGAAAAGCAGAAUCUAGAGUGGACCCGGCCGCCACCGUCGCCACAGGUAGCGUAGGAGUCACAACCGCUAAUGAAUCUAAACCACUACAAGUUACUGAAUUAUCUGUUGAUGUGGAGCUUGAGAAAAUAGAUGGACUGAUCCCACGCAGUCGGUCUGAAUUAUGUAGGCACGGGGAUGGUGCAAUGUGUGAAUAUUGUUGUCCUCUGCCACCUUGGGAUAGGGGCUAUCAUGAACAACAGAACAUCAAACACAUUUCGUUUCAUUCGUAUUUGAAAGAACUAGAUGACAGUACGAAAAAGGGCAAUGGAAGCUCAUAUAUUGCACCGUUGUCGCAGCCAGAUUUCAAGAUCGAUAAGAAUUGCAGAAAUGGUCAUGAGCCUUGGCCAAAAGGAAUAUGUUCCAAAUGUCAACCUUCAGCUAUCACUUUGCAGCAACAACAAUUCAGAAUGAUCGAUCAUGUAGAAUUCGAACAGAGCGAUCUCAUCAACGAGUUUAUUGAGUCGUGGAGGUUUACCGGCACACAGAGGUUCGGCUACAUGUACGGCACGUAUAGAAGGUACGAUGCGACGCCAUUGGGAAUCAAAGCUGUUGUAAAGACAAUAUAUGAACCUUCACAGCACGAUGAACAAGAUGGGUUAACGAUGGACUUUGAUGUUCUUCAAGAGGAGAUGGCAAAAGUCGACGCAGUAGCAGAAUCCAUUGGCCUUACCAAAAUCGGACUGAUUUUCACCGAUCUCACCGAUUGUGGCUUUGGAGAUGGAUCAGUUAUUUGUAAGCGUCACAAAGAUUCGUUCUUUCUCUCAUCAUUAGAAAUUAUAAUGGCGGCCAAACAUCAGUUGAAAAAUCCUAACGUCUGCAAGUUUAGCGAACAAGGUAUAUUUUCUUCCAAGUUUGUGACGUGUGUUAUUUCUGGUAACUUACAGAAUGAGAUCGAUAUUGCUGCUUAUCAGGUGUCGACCAGCGCAGAGGCCCUAGUCGACGCAGACAUGAUCAGUGGCUCCACCCACCCAUCGAUGGCAUACAUUAACGAAACAAAUCAGAAUAGAUACGUCCCAGAGAUCUUCUACAUGCGCAAGAACGAGUAUGGCGUCACCAUCAAAGAAAACGCAAAACCAGCGUUUCCGGUUGACUACCUGCUGGUGUCACUCACUCACGGGUUCCCCAAGACUGUGUCACACAGCCCCGGCUUCACAUGGGCAAACCGCCAAGCGAUGGGCAAGUCUCAGGACUACCACGAGCUGAAAGACUACUUGCUCGAGCCAGCCGUUUCCGCAGACUUCACGCUUCUACAGAAAAAGCUUGCGGAUCUACAGCUCCAGCUCUAUCUACAUUCGCUCGAUAUCCUAUCCCCACAGGAGUGGUCCUUGCUCGUCGAAGCUACGAGAGUCAUUGCUGACGCCAGUUCCAGCGCGAGUGCGAGUGCGAGUCCCAGCUCCAUUGCGCUCCCCAGCGCCGCUACCUCCUCCGCGGACACCGCAAGCUCGCAACAGCAACAAGAAGCGCUGCUGCAACUCGUUUCCUCUCCGGGUUGGCAAACACUGAUCAUGAUCCUGCAAUCAAGCUAA